AAUGCAAUGAAAUAAUGCUUUGUUAAUUAAAAUGUUGAUUCAUUGAUUCAUACAGCUUUAUUAAGUAACACAAGUAUUAUCAUCUGGACAGUGAAUAUGCCAAGGAAUGAGAAGAGCAGGUGAAUACCUAAUCACAAUCAUUCUAAUUUAUUGAGCAUUGAAGGUUUAUUCUCAGCAAUAACUGUGUUAUGUGGUAGAUGUGUGGAAUGUUGGUCAACAUAUUUAUUUACUUAUCAGCAGUAAUUGCUCUCCUAGAUCCUAGAUUUGAGCAACGGGGCAAUUCAAAGUGCUUUUACCCAAAAUAUCAAACGCACGUUUAGAAGGUUUAACUUAGGGUUGGUACACAGGUAUGUUCUAAUGCUAUCCAUAUAAAAACACAACCAGCAUUAAGUUGAUAUGUGUUUCUGCAUCCUUAGAAUGAAUAUGAAUGGCUUGAAUUUCUGCGGGACGUCCAGCGGCGGUGGUGUGUACCCCCUGCACGGCGUUCCCUCCAUGCUGUUUGACCUCCACCACCAGAUGGCGGAGCAGUACCACGUCUACUCUGCAGCCUGCCCCACAGCACACACCCUGUCUGUGGCCGAGAGGCUGGCAGAGCUCAUUCUUGAGGCUCGAUAUGGCGACCAGCAGAAGCAGCGCCGCAGCCGAACAGCGUUCACCGUGUCGCAGCUGCAGGCUCUUGAGAAAGCCUUCCAGCAGACCCAGUACCCAGAUGUCGGCAUGAGAGAGAGGCUGGCUGUCUGCAUCAACCUGCCUGAAGCUCGCAUUCAGGUGUGGUUCAAGAACCGGAGGGCCAAGUUCCGUAAAGGACAGAGGUGCUCCCCGCUCCCCAGAGACCAAAGUUUGGAGGAAGCCACACAUUGCACCAUGUUGGGACGGGACGAGGUCAGGGCCGAAGAGCAAAGGGACAUCAGCACAUCACACACCGGCGGGAACAUCCGUCCUCGUCUCUUCCCUCCACCUCGUGUGGAUAAAACGAGGGACGUUUCACGGUGCCCCCUCAGACUACGCUCCCCUCCGCUUUUCCCCUUCAUGACGGGGGAGCGCUACAGCCACCCUCAUCACCAGCCCGGUGUUGGAGUGCUGUCCAACGAGCUCGCCCUCCCGGUGUUUUGGCCCAUUGCACGGCAGCACAGUUCCACACUGGACGUUCAUCCACCGCCAGUUACCAAAAACGGUAGCCUCUCCCCCCAGACUGCUUGUUCCAGUAGGGCUGUGCCACACCCUCACCUGGGGCUGCAGCUGUAGUCUCCAGCAGUCAGAGACCUCGUUGUGGACUCAGGUACACCGGAAGCAACCCCGUGUGGGGAAAUACAAGAGGGAGAAGCACUUACUGCCUUGUUACCGCAGACCUGACUACAAACAGAAUGUGGAUCUAUUUAGAAAGCUUUAUUGAAUGUCCGCCUGUCUGUCUGAAGGGACGAACAGCUCAUUUGGGUCUGCUUAAUUUACUAACAUAUACAGGUCGCUUUAAGGUAGCUAGUGAGCUUGUAUGAAAGAGGUUGUGAUGUAGUCCUUCACAAGCACCAUUUAAAGAUAUCCUUGUCUCAGCAUUAUUUCCAGUUAGGCUGUCUAGUAGAUACAGAGUUAUAAUGAUGGUAAAACUAUUUGAGAGUUUCUAAUUGUAACCCGGGGAUUGCAACAUGGAAACCUAAAAUAAAAUAAGCUGUACCUGAUUUUUCGUUUUUUGUGUUGUGGUAAAUUACUUGAUGAUUCAGUUUUAUCAACAGCAUAAUUAAGAUGACUUAAUAAUGUAACAUUAUUUUAUUUGUUCAGUAUACACAGUGUCAGAAAACAGUAAAACAAUGACCAUUACAAUUCCCC